AUGCCGUCGUGGCCCAACAGCAACGAGACCUCUGACGAUGACGAGUACAUGAGUGAGUUCAGUAGCAUGCAGAUGGAGUAUUUUCAAACUCCAGACACUGUGAUAGAUCCAAGCUUUUCUGGGCUUGUGACUGAAUCUGACCGUAGGUGCAUCCUGCACAGGGAGAGGGCUGGCAAAUUUGUGGCAUUUGAAGGCACUGACACUGGCAGGAGAUUCGUAGGAUGUGCAACUGAGGAUGGUGUGAACUGUGGUGUUUUAGAGUGGGUAGAUGCCCCUUGGCCUGUUGAGAAACUGAAGAAGGAGCUGGAUUCUCUUGGCAAUCAGUACAGUCAGCUUGUGGAUGAUGUAUCCAAGCUGUUUGAUUACCAGGAUGGGCAGAAAUCCCAUGACAGGAAUUACACAAGCCAGGCAAUCAAUGAACUUAAGGAGAAGAAGCAUCAGCUUGAGGAGCAGGCAAAGAUUGAGAUUCAAAUGGAGAAGCUUAAGCUCAAGAAAGAACAGAGGUGCAUCCUGCAGAGUCAAGCUGAUAUCAUUCAAAACACCAGGAAAGCCAUGAAGGAGAUACAAGUUGAGAGAGACCUCCUUAAAGAAGAGAAGAAGAAACUGGAGCAUAUCAUUGCUGAGCUCUUGAAGGCAGGUCAUGGGUGCAAAGAAAAGCUAGACAAGAUCAAAGAAGUUGUCAUGGAGGAGUGA